AUGGGCGAAAACCAAUCACAACUGGCGUCUCAAUUGCAAAUUUUGCUCUCAGCCAAUCAAAUCCUUUUCACGACUGACUUGCGGGCAAGUACCCUUAUCUAUCUAUCUAUCUAUCUAUCUAUCUAUCUAUCUAUCUAUCUAUCUAUCUAUCACAGUUUGUUCAUAUCGAUCUGGUAUAGUUUGCCAACCUCUCUCUAUCUAUCUCAGUUUUUCAUAUUUAUGUAUUUCACUUUCUCGCUCUCUCUAUAUAUUAAUAUAAUCAGUUUCUUCAUAUCUAUCUAUCUAUCUAUCUAUCUAUCUAUCUAUCUAUCUAUCUAUCUAUCUAUCUAUCUAUCUAUCACAGACUGUUCAUAUUUGUCUAGUAGAGUUUGUCCACCUUUCUUUAUAUAUCUCAAUUCAUUCUCACCUGUAUUUUUCACUUUCUCGCUCUCUCUCUCUAUUAAUAUUAUCAAUUUUAUUCAUAUCUAUCUAUCUAUCUAUCUAUCUAUCUAUCUAUCUAUCUAUCUAUCUAUCUAUCUAUCUAUCUAUCUAUCACAUAUAGAUCUGUUUUUCAUAUCUAUGUAUUUCACUUUCUUGCUCUCUCUCUAA